AUGACUGAUUCUACCUUUAUGCAUUUGGUGAGACCAAAUGUCACUGCCCCGGCAGCGGGAUCGGCGAAUGGACCAGCCAAGAUAAAGAUCCAUGGACCUGCGUAUCUCACCAUUUUGGAAAUUGUUUCUCAACAAGUAUUGAAUAAACGUAUAAUUGGAACUUUGCUAGGUAUGAGGUCGGAUAACGGGUUGGAGAUUGAAAUAAGAGACGCAUUUAUGGUACCCAUCACUGAAACUGGAGACUCGAUUGCCAUUGAAGACCAAGCUCACAAAACAUUAUACCAGUUAUACAAAAAGGCACAUCCCAAGGAAUCAGUUUUGGGCUGGUUUGGAAGUAGUAGCAAGAUAGACGAGACAACAAGUUUGAUACACGAUUUCUACUCAAAGGGAAUUGAUCGCGCUUUUCCGCACCUCGCCAUCUACUUGAAUGUGGAAUUUUUGAAUGAUGAAGGUAAAAUAGUAGCACCCACAGUAAAGACAUAUAUUGGAGCAGCAGUUGGGAAACCCAUAGCCAAAUCAAGCGUGCAAAUUGGUUGGAAUAAGACUGCCAGUACAAAUAACUCGUACGUUUUCACGCCAAUACCGAACGAACUUAUUAACGGUACGACUACUGAAAAAAUUGCAUUUAAAACAUUACAAGAGGCAACAUUUGAAAAAGCCAACAACACCACACCACCGCAAGCGUCGCAGAUUUUGAACGGAGACUUAUCCUACUUGUCUAAAAACUUGCAAGAAGUUGGAACUAGAGUUGACGGUUUGUUGGAGUAUAUCAACACUAAUGCACAACAUAGUAAUAGUGACGAAAACAUCGAUUUGUUAAGAAAAUUAAGCAACACUUUAUUGACCAAGCCACCAAUCUUGAGUAACGUCGAUCAGUUGAGUAAUGCGUUUGCUAAUCACAACCAAGAUGUUAUAAUGAUUGAGUUAAUGACUAAAGCUGUUAAAGAUCAAAUUGAAAUGAGUGCAAAAUUAACUGCUGCAGCAGAAGCCGAAAAGAGAUACUAA